AUGUCUCUCGAGAACCCUCUCACAGUCCUCUACAAGGAGGUUGACGCCAGCAAAAUCACAACGGAGCUGUAUCUCCCGCCUAACACCUCGGCUUCUCCGCAAAAGUAUCCUGUUGUUAUUGACAUUCAUGGCGGGGCUUUCAUGCUUGGCCACUCUCGCAUGGUCUCCCUGCCGCAGGUCAACGACUGUCUCGAGCGCGGCUGGAUAGUGCUCGUUCCUAACCACCGACUAUGUCCUGGUAUAAACCUGCUAGAGGGUCCUAUGCAGGAUAUCCGCGAUCUGCUAUCAUGGGUGUAUGAUGGGCACUUGGACACUGUUCUCAAGGAUCAAGGGGCUUACCGCGCAGAUUUGGAGAACGUUGCUGCUUUCGGAACAUCUUCGGGCGGAACUCUCGCACUGGGAUUGGGUUUCAACGUCCCCAAGCCUGCAAAGGCCAUUUUAUCUCUUUACGGUGCCGUGCACUUCACAGAUCCCCUCUGGACCAAGCCCUUGCCCCAUGUCGCAGGUAAAUUGCCUCCCAAUCUGUCCGAAUCCUUCCUCAACAAGGUCUACGACCAGAAUCCUAUCCCAACCGACAGCUCGGUAUCCCUCGAAGGGCAGACUGAAUCUGGAGUCUCCAAGGGCCCCGAUUUUUCAAAGCCUCGCGACGCUUUCGCAUUCACGCAAAUCGCCUCGGGAACUGUGCUUUCCGCAAUCUACCCGGAGUCAAAGGGCAGUGACCCAGACUUCAAGAAAGUUGAUCCUGUGCAGAAUGUCUCAGCUAGCUUCCCGCCAACAUAUAUUGUCCAUGGACAGGCAGAUACUAUGGUGCCAAUUGAGCUGAGUCGCGAGCUUUUGAAGAGGCUACAGGAUGCUGGGGUACAAUGUGGAAUGACGGAGGUUCCCAACGAGGAGCACACUUUUGCGGCGAUGAUGAAGGUCGGGUCGGAAACUUGGUGGUUGCAGCGGCAAGGCUUUGACUUCUUGGAGGGGAUCAUUGGGAAGGGCCCACAAUGA